AUGGGGAAUAGAAGUGUGUCAACCAAAAUAACACGCAUAUUGGACGUUUUUACAUAUGCUCCAGGGUCUUAUAGAAAGAAUGCAUAUGCUUUGCCUGUUAAUAUCAUCAUCAUGUGCAUGAUUCUAGUCAGAUGUAUAUCUGUUGGUUACUUUGUUAUGGGACUGGUCUGGAAGCUCCAUACAGGACUAAUUCAAGACAGCUGGAUUGAUAUCCUAAAUCGACUGUGGAUUGGAAACUUAAGACUGGGAAUUACAGUUAAUGCUUUAGUGUUGACCUCUGUGUCUCUGUUUCCAGUAUAUGUGAUUUCUUGCGCCUUGGGAAUGUUAGGAAUAUUCUGUAGAAAAAGGAUAUUUGUUAUCUUGUAUAUGCUGUCCUUGCUAAUUUUCCUUGGUACAGACAUGAUAUACAUCUCUAUAUUUAGUAUACUUCUAGAUGAAAUGGAGUCCUCUUCACUUCCUGCAGAUUUCCAGUCAAUUUUCCAUGAGCGAAUAAACUAUCCCGAUUCGCCAAAAGAAGCCAUUGGAGAUUGGAUGACAUUUUUUUCCACGACCUGCUGGGAGAAAUUCUCCAGAAAGAUGAUAUCAUACUGUUCAUCUUUUCUAAGCCUUGCUGUUCUAUGUCUUUUAUUAGAGCUUAUUCAGCUCGGUUUUUGUGACAUUAUCUACAGUAAUCUCUCUGGACAGAAACUACCAUUUGCUCUAGCAAGAACUUGUUUAUCAAAGAUAAUAACAGCGUGGCAAAGGUCAUGGUCAUGUGUCAUCGCUAAUAUUUGGAGAUUGCUAUCAUGCCUUCCUUCAAUUGGACUUGUGACUUUGGGUGCAAUGUUACUCAACGAUAGCCAGAUGAGAGGAUCAUUUGUAGAUCCUAUCUAUGUACAUAUCUACAUCCUGGGACUUAACUUUAUGGACAUUAUCAGGGGACUCGGUGUUCUAAUGAUCACCCUUGGAGUUUUGGAGUUCAUUGCAAACAUUUCAGCGGUCAUCGCUGACUGUGUAGUACAAAACAAGACUAAGAGUGGAAUGGGUUGCCUUGAUAAAAUACAGAAUAUUAUUGGGUUUUAUACCACCGGCUUUUUUAUUGCCAUCUCCAUUUCAAUUCUUUUUGAGGGAUUAUCUGUUUUGUUCACAAUUUUCCAAAUACGUUCUAUGCCUUCAAAAGAUGUUCACGACAAUCACAAUCUACAGAACAAUUCCUCUGAUGAAUCCAGAGAUGAGGAAAACAAAGGCAUCUGCAAACAAUGUUUUCAGUAUUGCAAAAGUGAUUUCCCACGCUUGAUUCUGAUGGUUGCUGCAGCUCUUUCUGUUUUAUUCGGUGUCGUUUUCAUAAUGGAGGGAUUAAUUCUGAGCUAUGAUAAAGUUUUUAACCAUGAUAUCAUUAAAGAUGUCAUUUUCAGCGCCCUAUCGUUUAACACACUGAGCUUUAAUCAUAUCAGAACAUCAUUUUGUGCCUUCAUGUUUUCUUCCGGAAUAAUUCUAAUUAUCUUUUGCGGAAUUGGGAUGUUCACACUCAGGAAAAAAUCAAAAUGCUUGCACGUCACACAAGCAAUUGUUGUCAGCAUUGCUUUAGCUUUGAUGAUCAUCGGAACCGGUCUGUGGGGAAAAAUAAAAGACACGAUAAGUUACAGAAUAGCAGAUGAGAUGACCUUGUUCCUCUUGAACCAUCAAUACAACUCACACAUAUCGUAUGUGUAUUCAUACAGCACCCAUGGAGCCUGGAGCAAUUUGUUUUCUGUGGCAGAAUGUUGUGGGGUGGAUGACUACGUAGGUAGUGAAUUGGUAACUUAUCUAUCUAGUAACGACAAGAUACCCAUUUUCUGCUGUAAAGAAAACCCGUUAACGGAACCUUACCAAACUAAUAACGAUUAUUGCACUGAUUUAGUAGACCCGGACAUGUCUUAUAACACGAUUAUUCAGCUAACUCUCAUCAUAUAUCAGUUGAGAAAACGCCAAUUUCUACCUCUUCAGUCUGACAAGUACUUCAAUCUGUUUAAAACUAAAAGAAAAUGGAGGCAAAUUUUAAUUCUGGAAUGGAAGACAUUAUUUAUUUUCCUUUCGAUGUUGUCAUCGUUAAGUAUGCUGGUAUUAGGCAUUGUUUUGAUGCGUGACACUAAGAUGACAGGGAGUAACGUUUACCACGUAUACAAGUACCUUUAUCUGCAGGGUGUUAACUUUGUUGACAUUGUGGAAGCCAUGUAUCUUUCCCUCAUCAUGUUAGGUGUUUUAUCGAUGACUUCUGGUCUUGUUGGACUGUCAGAGAUGUUCAGAGACAUUCGGAGUGAAGUCAAAAUGAAAUUUUAUGUGUUAGUAUUGGUCAUCUUGAUUUUUACAAAACUUGUUUGUAUUUUCCUGAUGAUACCAGUACAGGGGGAAAUAGAGACUGAUUCUAGCGAGACUAAUUAUCAGCUGGUAAACAUUGAUCGCCAAUACUCAAAUCCUCGUUCAUCUAUUUAUACGGAUCUCAAUAAAUUUUAUUUGGAAUUGGAUUGCUGUGGUUCUACCGGAUCCAAUGGGUUCAGAUCCCUCGUCAUAAAUGCAGGAUAUGGAAGUGUUACUGGAUAUCAACCAUACGUGUGUUGUUUGGGUCAAGAUUAUGUUACAAGUAACGGUUUAUAUGGAGUACAAUGUGAGAAAAAGGCAUGUGGUGCUGAAUUUGUGUCUAUUGCAAACAUUUACUGCAAUGGUUUGAUAGCGUCGAUGUCUAUCACUUCAUUUCUUGAGAUAAUCUGCCUUGUAUUUUCCAUUCUUUACCUGAAAAGCAAUGAAAAUCAAAAAGAAAAUAUGUUAUCCCUGGGUGGUUUUGCUGAAAGUGCAGCAUUUCUGUACGACGAUGUAUUUUCGAACAGGCAAAUUCAACCGAUAUUUGAAAAAAUGUCCAUGGCCGGAAAUUCAUUUUCAAGAAAUCUUAUCAUUAUGAGAUGGCUGAUGAAUACAACAGGCGUUCUCCUCUUUGUCAGUUCUGUAUUUUCCAUUCUAACCAUUCAUCAAGGAUCAAAGUUUUUGCACUCCAUGAAUAUUUUGGUUUGUGUCCUGGGACUUCCGAUGAUCCUGACAAACUUAGGAUGGUGGAUUGCUGUUCAUGUUGAGAAUUUUCCAGAGGGAUUUUUAAUCAAUUCCAAUUUCGACUUUUACUCUUUGCUAUCUGAUUGUUACCGAAUGGAUGAAACUGGAGCUUGGAACAACUUGUUUGUUAAGCUCCAGUGUUGUGGAUAUACAAAUGGCAACGAGAGUGACUUUUAUUCUGUUGUUCUGCAGACUACAUCAACUUAUAAUGGGCAUCAAGAUAAAACACCUUUGUUUUGUUGUCAUUCCAAUCCCCUGACUAAGGAGUACAACUCUGACUUCACAACAUGCACUUCCUACGGAGGGGAAGCCUAUAGAUAUACAGAGCCCUGUUCCACAAAGCUGUCCGAUAGACUUACCAAAUAUAGUACUGUAUUUUACACUAUUGCGUCACUCAGUAUAAUAUUAGAGGUUUUUAUGCUUGUACUUCUUGGUAAACUGAUAAAGACAGAUCUUCCAUUGAAAGAAGACCCUUUUUUGAUUAAAAUCAAUUCCUACUUUGGAAAAGACAGAAAGCGAAAAAGAAAUUUGGAAAAUAGUACAAAAGAAAACCUUGAAAUGUCACCAAGAGGAGGUAAACAAAGAAACAAUUCAGAAAAAGAAAACUCUCAUACACCAGAGUUCCAGGAAUCAAAGGAUGACAGAUCCCAAGCAUCAAAGAAGAGAAAGGGAGCAAAGAGGAGUGGAAGAGUGACCCCUAUCUCCGAUGAACAUGACGACCAACUAACUAGGAGGGAACUUUUACCUACUAAAUUACCGCCACUAGUAACACCUUCGUCCUUGCGUACAUGAAUGUUGAACAUGC